AUUAACUAUAUUUAAUUCUAAAAUAAUCAAAUAAGUUAAAAUAUUUAUAUAUCGAAAUACCCAAAAAGUUAAAUUAUUAGAAUAUUUUUAUCCGAAAACCUGAAAAUUAAUAUUUAAUCUGAAAAAUUCAGUUUUUUUAAUUUUUUAAUCCGAAUUAACUGAAAAUCAGAUCUGAGUCCGAACCAAGUGGGAUCCUAAAUUACUUGGGAUAUUAACCAUUUCUCAACUUUGUUAUACAAAUGGAAAAUCAAAAUAACCAAACCAAAUUUUCUAAAUAUCCGAACAGAUCAUAAACCUGAAGAAACGAAAAAACCAAACAUGAGAACUUUGGUGAUUUUGGAGCUAUCGGAGGUGCAGGACUGCAUAUAUGCAUUAAAUGCUUAGCUAUGGAUGGAAGACUUUACAUGGAGCGAUUGAGCUCAUAUUUGGACACAAUAUAGAGUUUUGAGUUGGUUUUCCGUGUUUAAAUUUCAUUUGACGGUUAGAUCUGAAGUUAUGCCCACUUUACUAAAGAGUGAAUUGUAUAACUCGCGAGAGGAAGCUGUUAAAGAUAUUAAGAAGUGUCGGUCGACACUAAUAACUUGGUGUCGAAUGACAAUGAUGCCAGAAGACGGGCCGGUUCUUUUCAUGGCCGACACGGGCCCAUAAGUCACCACAAAUUACUCGAAUGCCCCUGGACGACUUGAUACCUAUUUUUUAUAGUUUUCUAAGCCAUUGUUGACGGCUAAGCUUUAUUCUAUUGUCUUACUUUAGGUUUUCUCUAAGGUUUGGAGAGAAGAUCAAUUCUCAUUUAUAGAUUGAUUGUAACUCCUUUGGUUUUAUAUAUGAUUUAUAUUUCAAUUUUUUAUUUAUGUUUCGGCUUUCAUGUCUGAGUAUAAUUCCUGUUAGAUUUAGGGAUUUCAUGAGCUUAAUGUCAAACUGAUAAUCUGCUAGGGUUGUUAUAGAUUUCUACACCAAGGUGGAUUGAAAUAUUAGGAUCUAGAGUAGUUGGAAUAACAAGAGAUUGUGUCUAAUUGCUUGAACCUAGAAUCAUAGGACAAUUGAGAAGCACGAGAGUGCAAUCAAUUAACGGAACCCGAACUUUGAUGGAUUACCAAGGCGAAAUAGAGAUUUGCUCUAGGAAUUUAUUUGAAUAAUAUCGAUCUGAGCUUAACACUUGUUUAAAAGAGGUAUCAAUCGACACUUUUUAAGUGUAUCAAUCGUAAUUCGUUCUGUAUUUACAUGUGAGAGUAUGAAUAUAGAUUUAAUCAUGUAGACUCACAGCGAGAGCUGGAUAUCUUACAAUUGAAUUCAAUUUCUAAAAUUAAACAUAUAAAACCCUUACCAUGCUUGAUUUGUGUUUUGAAUCUCUUGAUUGAUAAAUCUCUAGAUCUAGCGUUUCAUCCUUAUCGUUUACGAUCGUUUACGACCGUUCUAUUUAUUUAUUGCUUUAUUUACUGUUUUCUAUUAUUGAUCUAGCUUAGUUUGAAACCAAUAGACUAUUGUGUAAAAGAUAUAGUCUACGUGGAUACGAUCCUCAAGUACCAUAUCGAACCUCUUAUUUGAGAGAGUAGCUUGAAGGUUAAUUUUGAACACAUAAUAUAUCCUCAUUAUCCUCCUCGAUCCCAAUCAAUGGACUGAAACGUGGUGGAGAUCCAAUGGUCUUCGAUCCCUCAGCCUGAUUAGACUCAUGAACACUGACUAUAGACUGAGAAACUUUAGUGUACACUGUAGACCAAUGCCCUACCUUUAUAGCUGGAAACACCUCUGUAGUAGGCUCAGGGAGCUGUAUCCUCGGGAACCCUCCCUCGUCGGCUCCUUAGGAGCUGCUUGAACUGGGGUUAUAGCAUUGAGUUCAGGAAUCAAGUCAAAAGUUUUUAUUGGCCACUGGCUUAGCUUCCUUCAUAACCUCCACAUGCACCAAAGCAAACUUCAGACCCAUCUCCUCCUCUAUCCUCUUCUUCAUAAUAUGCAUUCCUUUCCCCUUACACUCCACUCCCUUAUGCCCCUAGCUUCGAUUUCCCUUGCUUAUUCUUAAAGGAAAUAUUUUCCACCAAUAGCUUAUUAAGAUCCACUUCAACUAGAACCCGAGCAACAUCCAAUCUGAUACAUUGUUAUGUGUUUGGGUGCAGUUUCACAAAAUGACCCAGCGCUCUAGACAGACCUUUCAAGCUCUUAUGCGAAUAGAGAUCGUUUGGUACUCCUCGAAUAUCAACCCACAGCUUGCAGAUAAGUCCAGAGGGUAGAAAUCAGAUUCCGGCGUCCAAACAUUUACCACUAAUGGAACAUCCGCGAUGUGCCAGUACUUACACUGAUUUACUCGAGCUCGCAUUUGACUGUUCUCUAUGCGAAAUAGAACCGUUUUCUUCUCGCUAAAUUGAACAUCAAUCUUCGUGUCAUCAUUUGGUGAAGACUGGAUGCAGUUCACAGACGCAUGAAUCGAACCGACAUGGGGAGCAUCACCGAUGAAAUAGCCAACCAUGAAAUAGCCAACCAGGUAGCUAUGCACAAUAACUAUGACUCAUCAAAUAUCUCAUCUGGGAUCUGAAUCGAACCAACCCCAUUUACAAUAUCAACCUCCGGCUGAACAUCACUCGGAGACGUCUUUUUCCACGGUGAGGAGCGAUUCAAAAUCUCUUUCACCGAAUCCCCUCCUGAUCCAUCACAAGCCCUCAUCUCUUCAAUAACAACCUUUAUCCUGCUAUCACCCCCUUUUAUACCAUCGCAAACCUUUGCCCCUUCAGUGACACCCAUCAAAGUGCUAUCACCCAAAUCCCUCUCUUCAACAUUGCACGUUCGAUAUAGUUCAUAGACCCGAGCUCUUCGUGUGUUGUUGGCUCAACCACCAGAUUUAAUCCUUUUUGAGAGAGAUCUCGCCAUCGCUAUGGUUAUUGGAGAAAUCAUCCCUAUUGUCCCUCGAUCAAAAAAGAAAAACUCAAAUAUCCCUCUUCUAAUAAUAAUUAUUUAUUAUUUUUUUCGGAAAUCAAGUCAUUUACCAAUUUACCCCUAAACCUAAUUAUAAAAUGUGUUCAGUUUCUUGUUUUUCCUCACUUCCGUCUUCUUCUCUUAUCAUCUUCCUCUCUCUUUUGCUUCAUCUCUUCUUACUUUUCGUUUUUCAUCUUCUUUCUUCGUAGAUCUGAAAUCCAGGAUAUAAAACGUAUUCACGAUGACUCCGCCUGAUGUAACACCGACAUAGCUUAGAUCCACGGCGGUUCAGCCGGAGAAAACGGUGAAGAAGAUGACGAAAUUACAGAAAAAUGAGUUGAAGAACAUUUGGGUUUUAAUUUAUGAUUUUUCUUGUUCUGAGUUUUUGAUUUACGAUUCUUAUUGUUCUAGAUUUAAGAAUUCAAGGUUGUUUAGGCGAAUCCUGGAUUUUCUAUGGUUUUAGGGUUCUUCUUGUUCUUAUUCUCCCUUUCAAAAUAUUUUUUUGUGUUUUUAUUUAUUUAGUCUUCAGAUCUGGAUUUAGUAUAACUCGGUACUCCUAACUUAGUCGAACUCGGUACAACUAAUCUAAUAUUACUUAGUACUACGCAGUAUAACCAUUAUAACUCAGUCGAAUUCGGUAUAACAAAUUCAGUUUUAUGCUGUAUAACCAAUACAAUUACGUAGAACUCAGUAAAACUACAUAAGCACAACUACGUAGAACUCAGUACAACUACAUGAGUGUUACUAAUAGAACUCGGUAUAACUACAUGAGUAUUACUAAUAGAACUCAGUAUAAUUAGUUGAAGCAAUAUAACUAAUUGGACUAGUUGUUCAUCGAUAAUUAAAAUUUGAAUUUUGUUUUAAAAAAAAAUAAAAUUUUUGAUAAUUUGAAAUUCUGGAAAGAGGAAAACUUUGAAAAUUUUAAAAUUUGAAAAUUUCAAUUUGUUUAAAAAAGUAAUAAUUAAUUUUGUGAAUGAAUAAGGGUAAAAUCGGGUUUUCAUAUUUUCAUUAAAUGUUGAAGGGUAUUGAGAUUAGUGAAGGAUAUAGCGGAUUUGUUUUUAUCAGAUAAGGGCAAAUGAGAUGAUAGAUCUGGUUAUUGUCGCCAAAAGGGUCGUCGUCAUUGUUCAUGCGAAGUUAAUUUAAAUUGAUAUCCAUGGUUCACAUGACAUCACCAUUCACAAUAUUAUUUAUAUUUAAAUUAAUAAAGUAUUGCCUAAUAUUUUCUAGUAUUACGUAACAUUAUUUAGUAUUACUAAUUGUAAAAAAUAAAAUAAAAACAAUACAUGUCGAAACCCAAAAAAUAAAUAAUUUUUUUUGUUUAAAUUGUUGAAGUAUUGUGUAGUGUUACUUAACAUUGUUUAGUAUUACAAAUUUUAUAAAAACCUAGAAAAUCAGAAAUGUCAAAACCAUAAAUUCAAUAUUGUUUUUCAUACACUGAAUGAAGUAUUACCUAUUAUUUGAAAUAUUACUUACUAUUACCUAGUUCUACUAAUUGUAAGAACCUGAAAAAUCAGAAGUGUCAAAUUCAUAAAUUCCAUUUUUUUUUAUAAAUUGUCUAGUAUUACUUAUUAUCAUACGAUGUGUUCAUAUUGUAAGUUCACACUAUAAGUUUACACUAUACGUUCACUGAAGAAUUGACAUGUGGCAGAGUAAAAGACCCUUAAUUUUCAUAUAGUUAUUCAUAUGUUUUAAGUAUUAUUUAGCUGCAAAUAGUUGUAUUUUUUGGUGUUUUAGCUUAUAUAGUUUUACCUUACAUUAAAAAAAUAUUUUGUUUUACUGAUGAUUUAGGCGAUUAAAGUAGAUUUCUUAUUUUUCCAUGCAUUGAUAUUUACUAAAUAAUAUUUUAUAUAUAUUUUUCAUCAUAAUUCAUUAAUAUUAAUUAACAAAGUGAACAUAAAAAAAAGCAUAAUGUAUUGUUGUGUAACCAUUAUAAUAAUGACCUUAAAGCUAUAAACUAUUUUAUGUAACUAAAAAUGAUUUUAUUUAUAAAAUUUGUUUAUAACAUAUAUUUUGUGACUUUUUCCUAUAAUUAUUUAGUAUGAAUCAAUUAAUGAUAUCAAUUAUAGUAGUUAUACUUUUGUCUAUUUUUACCGGUCGUACACUGAUGUAACUCAAAUUGAAUGAUUUCGGGUUGAAUCCAUUAUGAUUUAUAAUGCUUUAUUACUUAUAAUUAUCUAAAAUUGAUAUCUUUAUUUUAAUAAUAAUAAUUAUUAUUAUCAUUAUUAUUAUUAAAUAAUGAACGGGUCGUGGUUCUUGGUUGGAUUGGGUCCGUCCAACCAAAACUUAUUUUUAUGUUCUUAUCUUUAGUUAUUUAUAUCUAAUAAACUAAGCGUUUAUUUGAAAUUUCUUAUUGUCAUCAAAAGUUGAGUUGGAGAAUGGAGCAUUUCAGCCGUUAUCCCAUUUAGGCUCUGAGUGGAUGGAUAGCUAUUUUAGAGUAACAAUUUACUCUAAAAUUUAAGUUACUCUAAAUUCAAUAAAAAAUUUGCCAGUUAAAUUAUAUAUCCGUUCUGAUAUUUAUUCUCAUUACUGUUAAAAGAAUGAAAAUAGAGUAAUAUUUACUCUAGGUUAUAUUAGAGUUAUAAGAUUUACUCUACCUUUUCUCUUUUCUUUUUUUUUUUUCAUUUUCACCUUUUUUUAUGUUUUCACAAUUUUUAUACUUAUUUUUUCUCCGUUUACUCUAAAACGACCAAUCACUCUCUUAUUAUUAUUAAAUAUUUCCAAAACAAUAUAUAAAUUCUUUGUUCAAUACCUUGUGUGAUGGGAAAUAAUCAAAAUAUUUUUUUCACUUCAAGACUUAUUGGAGACAAAUAAAAAGGUUAAUUUGCUAAAUGACUAAAAUCUUAAUAAUAUUUAAGAAAAUAUCAUAUGUAAUAAAAAUUAGAUUUUAUAACAUUUGUUCCUUUUUCCUUUGGUUUUAUCCCUAUCUAUAUUGAUUUCGGAUGAGUAAGUAAUACGGCGGUGAUAAAAUCAAGGAAGCGGAAACGGUCAAAGUGGCAAACCGGAGUAAGCGGCGACCGUAGAUAUAGUGGCGGUUGGCAGGAUGUAUAUAUGGAGAAAAUAAUAAUGUGUAUGGAAGAAGAAAUUUAAACAAUAUAAAAUGAAAUGGAUCAGAUUAAAAAUAUAGUACAUAUUACUGAAUUUAAAUAUAUUUAGAAAAUAGAAGAAAUGGAGGAAGAGGAGAAAUAUAAGGAUGAAGAGGAGUGAAGUGAUCAUAUUUUUAUCAUUAAAUUCAGACCGCAAGUGCACAUCACUGCAUGAAAGUACGUAGGGAUCAAAUCCAAAAGGACCAAGGUUACUCAACAACUCUCGAGAUUAGAAUAAAGUUAAGACAGAAUGUAAAGAUAAUUAAUAAAAAAAAUCAAGUAUCAGGAAAUCUCAGGAAACACAAACUGAAUGAAUUGAUUGUUCGAUAGGGCAUGUACUAAGAACGUUCUAAAAUCUAAAUCUCUUAAUUAGACUAGCCUACUUCCGAACUACUAAAACCUAUUUACUAGAGUUCUUAUGAGUAACUUCCAUUUAAUUCCAUAUUCUAGGCAUGCAAUAAGAAAAAGUUUGAUAGAUUUACGGAACUCCGUAACAUCAAAUCCCAUUUGCAAAAAAUAUUUAAUUCAUGCAUUUAAGCAAACAGUUUUGGUGCAUUAAAUAUUCCUUAAAUUAAAUGAAUGAGUAAGGGCAUGUGCAUAGCUGGAACCCCACUUGGGUUUCAGAUUUUUAAUUUUUUAACUUUUUUAUCUUUAAAAAAAAAAGAAUGAAUCAAUCGUGGGCCGCCACGUAUCAGUGGGGCCUGCGAAAAUCACAAAAACCCAAAAAAAAUCGAUCCUUAUCUCAUAGUUUUUCUUACGGAUUUUCUUCCUUUAUGUGGAGUCCACGCCUGAAAAUCCUUCUAAGGACUCUGCGAUGUAUAUGGUCUAUGAACAUUAAGGAAAAAAAUAUUCUUUAUAAAUGAUAUCAAAUCUAAGAAAUAAAGAGGAAUUGACUAUUAUCUUAAAGUGUUUCAUGUUUCCCAUUAAAAAGAUUUUGGAUGAUCUUUUUUUGACUUUUUUUUUUGGAAGAUCUUUAAUCGUAUUAUAAUAAUUUAGUAUAUCUUCCAUAACUGAUUUAAGAGUAUUACUCCCCCAUUAUUCGUUCUUAAUCGUCCCGAAACAAUUAAGCUCCUCUCUCUCUUUCUUCCAGUUUGAAGGAUACAAAACACUCCAGGGAAAUGUCUGAGAUUACUAAAGAAGAUUCUGCAAACCCUUCUAAAUUAUAUGGGACAUAUACAUGGAAGAUUGGAAAAUUUUCAGAAAUAUGUAAGAAAGAGAUCCGUAGCAAUGUUUUUGAAAUUGGUGGCCUUCAGUGGUAUAUUUUAUUCUAUCCACAAGGGUGUGAAAUAUGCAACCAUCUCUCUGUGUUUCUCUGUGCUGCAAGCCAUCAGAAACUUCUUCCAGGUUGGAAUCAUUUUGCUAUGUUUACGGUAUCGUUGAUGAAUAACCAUCCAAAUAAAUCGAAGCAUUCAGAUACGUUACACAAGUUUUAUAAGAGAGAGCAUGAUUGGGGAUGGAAAAAUUUUAUAGAGUUACCUAGAUUAUUGGAUGGUUUCAUAGACGACUCUGGCUCUCUUAUAAUUAAGGCUCAAGUACAGGUCAUUAGAAAGAGUGUGAAUGGACCUUUUCCCUGCCUUGAUAGUCAGUACAGAAAGGAACUUCUUAGGGUUUAUUUUAAAGUUGUAAAGCAGAUUUUUUUGAGGUUUAUGAAAGAAAAACGAAACAAGUUGAUGGAGGACAAGACAAGAUGGACAAGCUUAUGCGCAUUCUGGUUAGGGAUGGACCAAAAACCAAGGCGAGCGAUGUCUCGAGAGAAAAUGGAUGUGAUUCAGAAACUAGUUGUGAAGCACUUUUUCAUCAACAAAAACGUUACAUCCCCUUUGGUGAUGGAUUUCUUGUUUAAGGGGUUAAAUUCUCUUGUUUUGGAUACCAACAAGGAAAAAAUAAUACUCACAAUCUCAAAACAAAUUGUGAGGCUCCUCAAGGAUGAUUCGGAUGCUUCGGAAAAAACAUUGAAGACUCUUGAAGACGAGCCUAAGAAAGAGAUAGCAUUUGCUGCCAAAGAAUUGGCAGUUCCCAUUGUUAGUGUGGACAAUGAUAUGUUUGUUUUAGCUGAUGAUGCGAUGUUACUCCUGGAGAAAGCUGUUCUUGAGCCAUUUCCAGAUGAAAGGGUUCCUCCAAACCGUAUGGAGGUUGAUUAUGACGAAGAGAGUGAUGAUGAGAAGCUGUUAACUGAAUAUGCUAGACACACUCUGGAGGUAUUUGUUCUUGAUCAUAUCUUCUGCAACAAAAUUGAAAUUGCAUAUAAAGAAGCCAGUGAACUGAAAAUGCAUGAGGAGCUUAUUCGUUAAGAAGAUCGGAAGAAGAGAAGAGUAAAUUCAACUAAAAGUUCGUGAAGAAUAAGAAGUUUUUGCUUUGUUGGAAAAACUAAGUCUACUAAUUAGUGUCUGAUUUCUAUAUCCCUUGUUAACAAAUAAUAUCGUUCUGAUUUUAGUCUUUCUCUAUAUAUAAGCAGAGAUACGAUAAAAUAUGCUGGUUCUUGCUCAAUUUUAUAGACUCUCCAUUUUCAGAAA